CACGCUGAGUUACACAUAACCGAAUAAAAGAAAAUACCUUACACAGAAUAGCAUGACUCCAAGAGCUUCUUCUUCUUAUUCAUCUUCUUCUUCUUCUUCUAUAUUAGGGUUUAUAAAAAUUAAAAUCAGACUUCUUCGCAACCUGACUAAAUCCCAAGGAAACCUAUAAUCAAUGCUACAGUUUUCCAAAUUCUCCACCUUUAGGGUUUGUUAUUUCCUAUUUAUAUCUCAUUGUGGAUCGGUCUUGAUGUAAAUGGUGAUGGCAUUGGAGAUUGAUUGAUUGAUAUACUACUCAAGCUCUUUAUUGAUUUCCAUUGCGCUUCUUGUGGAAAAUUUUGGAGGGUAGUUAUCAAGUUGCAGAAUUUGAGAUGUACAGUCAAGGCAGUUAUGAUGCUCAAUCUAGACAAGGACCUCAGACACCCAGGCCACCUCCGUAUUUGCAGCAUUUGCCGGCUUUGCCACCUCCUUUACCUCUCAAUUUUCAACACGGUCCUCUGCUGCCGCUAACUCAAGUCCCACCUCGUCCUGGUCAGCCUGGCAUGCAUAUAUAUCAGCAUGGUCCUCUGGCACCUCAUCUUACCGUUCGGCAAGCUCCACCCAGAGGGAUGCCGAGCCCUGGUCAGCCUUAUUUGCAUCCACCGCCUGCAAUUCAUGGGAGUGCUCCAUUACCAAAUAUAUAUGUCACUGCACAACAAAAUCCACAACAUUCUUAUAUAGCUCCUGGCCCUCCUCCUGGUUCACAUGCCCAAUUGCCUCCGAGAAAUUUACCCCCUCCACCUUCACAUGGUCAGACAUUAUAUAAAACUCCAAUCCAUCAGUCGCCUCAGCUGCCACCUCUUGUGCAGGGUCUACAGCAAAUUCCACCACCCCCACCUCACCCUCCCACGUCUAAUUUUUCUACUUCCGCCUUAUCUGUGAGUACUUCAGAGGCAACUGUUGGAAACUCUCAAAUGUCUUCAGUGGCUCCCUCACUACCGCAGCCACCAGUUCCACCUUCAACAUCACCUGUCUCUUCCCCAGCGUCAAUGUCUUUCCCUCUCCCUUCUGGUUCCAACUUGGCUUGUCAGUCUGAUCUCCAUUCCAGUACACAAUCUGGCAACAAAUCAGGCACUUCUUAUAAUGAAGUGAAUUCUCUUAAUAAAGAUGAGCAUAAUAUUCCUGCACAUAAUUUUUCUACGGAUCUUAGCAGUCGUUUUCUGGAAGGCGGAAGUUGCAGUGGGGUAGAUAAUCUUGGGGGAGAUGCCUUAACGUCAAAGAGAAUUGUGGUACCUGAUGUUCCUCAUCCUCCACCUAAGCCAGCAGAAGCCCAUUCACCUGCUGAUUCUGACAUGGAAAUGGAAGAUGAUAUCACCAUGUCUUACAAUGACCAUUCAGUGAAUCAGCCAACUGAACGUCUGAUUCAAGCUACUGAUCCAGUAAGCAGUGAACUUGAUGCAAAAAAGCAGUUACAUGCGCUGUCAAGUUCGUCGAGAUCUGAGGCAGCAACAUUAGUUUUAUCUGAUAAUGACUUCUUAUUCUCUGGCUCCACAAAACUGGGUGAACAGGGAUCAAAAUUCAACUCCAGUUGUGAUGACUUGAGAUUUGGGAGUUCAGUUUCCAGAGUUAAAAGCCCAGUUAAUAAUCCAACUGGAGCUUCUGAAUAUAUGCUUUCCAGUGAGAGAGUGAAUUCUUCUACACCCUCGGCAAAUAGUAAAAGUUCAUCCAGUUCUGCAGCAGCUGCUGAAUGCAUAAAUUCUGACAAAUAUCCUGGUCAAGAAAUAAAAGGCAGUAGCCCAUUUAGACUCCUACAGGACUAUGAUUCUAAUGACAGCUCAGAAAAUGACAAUGAUCCAUGUCUAAAAGAUGCCAAUCGUGAAACAGUUUCAACAUUACUUGCUGUUGGUGAAUAUCUGCAUGCAGAUACUGGAAGUAAUUUGAAGAUAGAUACUGGGUCUAGGAGUCCCUACAAGACUGAAAGGGAAUUUGGGCAGGUUUCUGAAUUUGGCAAAUUAUAUAGACCUUCAGACUUUGCCUCAGAUUCACAAGGAGAAUUUAAGGACAAUGUGCCAACAUCUACUUCAAGUGGAUUGACAGCUGAACUUGUUAAUACCAAAUGCGAAAACCCGCAAUCUAUUGCCCUUGGUGGUUCUCUCGAGGCUUUACCAAAAGAAGAUGCCUCGGAAGGUAGAUGGGCAAAAGUUGCUUCUAGAAGUAAAGAUGAGAAAGAAAAUGAAGAUAAAAGUACUUCAAAUGCACCGAAAAUAGAUAAGUUUGGAAGACUGUUCAAAGAAGGUGCUAGUGAUAGUGAUUCUGAUGAUUCACACCUUGCUCGAAGGCGUAAUAAAAGAGGGAGAAGCCGGAGCCGGAGCCGGAGCCUAUCACCUCCAUAUAGGAGGAGGAGGAGGAGUAGGAGUAGGAGGAGUAGGAGUCGUCCUCGGAGGAGAAGAGAAAAGAGAAGUAGAUCUCGCAGCUGGUCUCCCAGGAAUCGAAGAAGUAGGAGCAGGUCUCCCUCUUUCAGGCAUGCUGGUGAGAUUAACAAUGGCAUUACAGGACGGGGAAAAGGUCAAAUCCCAGAAUGUUUCGACUUCCUCCGAGGCAGGUGCUACCGUGGAGCAUCAUGUCGCUAUAUGCACCAUGAUUCUGAGAAAAAUGAUGGGUCAAGGAAUCAUAGGAGCAAGCAACGAUCAGAGCAACUUCAUCCCAGUUCAAAGAAUCGUAAAGAUGAAUUCUCAUUAAAGGUAUCAGAUCAUGAGCAGAAAAUGGGGGGCAAUUAUGAUAUAUCUGCUAGUGGCAGUCGUGCUACCAAAGAUGACACCAUAUUUCACAACAGAGAAGAUCCUAUCAUAAUUAAAUCUGACAAUUUUAGAGUGGUUGCUACUAAAGUGCCAGAAACUAAAAUAGUUAAAGAGAAGUCUGCAAAUGGUACAACUGUUGUGGAUAGGAAUUUUCAGGAAGUGAUGGAAUCAGACCAGCCAAUAGUUGUUGAUAGUUUUCCUUCUAAACCUUCAACUGUUGCUAACAUCCUGAAAUCAACUGGUGAAACUUGUAAGAAUCUAUUUCCCUCUCUGGAGGACUCUGUUAUUCAGCAACCUCAGUCUUUUAUUUCAGAUCCAGUGCUUCAAGAUGUUGAUCACCCUGUGCUGCACACCGAUGAUUCUUCUAUAUCUGAUUCAUCUCCAGAUAAAAUAUCUAGAACUUCUCCAAAGGAGCUUCAUGCUAGUGAAACUCUUCCAAAUUCUGCAGAUUCUCUACAUAAUCCCUCCCAGAUGCCCCCUUUUCCUCUUUCUGCUCCAACUGCAGAAGGUAAUAAUGCUUCACAUACAACGCAGCUAUCGAGGGAUUAUAACUUGAUACCAAAAACUGCAGAAUUUCAUUCUCAAUCUGCUCCUUUAGAAAGUUUUCCAUCUUACAUGUUGCCCAAUCAAAAUUCUCUUUUUCCUGUACCACCAUAUUCCUCUUCUGUAUCCUUACCUCCCCCACCCCCGCUAUUACCUCCACAUGGUCCAACCAUAAAUGUAGGAACUACACAACCAGGUGUUACUCUGCAAUUUCAGCAGAGUUGCAUGCCUCCGAAGGGUGAAUUUGGUUCUCAGAUGUUCUCAAGACCAUACUCAGUUGAAUUGUCUGGUAAUCCUCAGGUUGGUGACUUCCAGCAUCGAGCCUACCCUCCAGUGCAAGAGCCUCAACAGGCUCCAUUACAAGUGGAAGAUUUUAGGUUGAAGGCUCUGCCUGGAUGCAAUCUAUCUGGCCAACAAUUUGGAGGUACCACUACUUUUGGAGAAGAGCGUUUGAAACAGCUUCCAAUGCAUCCUUUAGGUGUUUCAGGCUCCAUUACUCGGAGCAACAAUUACCCUCUACCUAUGUCCUUUCCACAGGAAGCGUCUGCAACCAAAAUGCAAUCAUUUUCUGGUGAUCCUGGAGAGAUUGGAAAGUCUACUUCUCAGAUUCGUCCAUAUUCACAGCAGGAAUGGCCACCCCAUGGUUUGCAUCAUGCGGUGCCUGAUAGUGUCUAUGGUCUGCCAGGGAAAAUCACUUCUUCUAGAUAUCCACCAGAUAUUCAAGACAGAAAUCAGCAAUCACAUCUGCCUGAAUUUGGAGUACCAAAGUCAACUCACUUUAAUCCUUACGCAUCUACUUUUGAGAAGCCACUCAGCUCCAGAUUCAGUUCUGAUGUCUUCAGGCAAGAAAAAGACACAACCCCUGGUAGCAAGCAUGAUCAUCCUUUAAGUUUGAGCAAUGCUUCAGUUGAUGGAGGUGCCGGAUCAAGACUGUCAACUUCACCAACUCCUGCCAGGGGUCUCAGUAAACUUAAUCCUAGAUCAGGUGGUGAUCAGUAUGAUCCACUCUUUGACAGCAUUGAGCCAUCUUCAAACGCAUACAGGAAAUCAGAUUGUAUUCAGAAGUGGGAACCCUCUGGUGAGUCUGAUAUAAAGUUGCUCAAAAGCUCAAAUCAAUUGUUGGAUGUGGAAGAGAACAACAAGAAGAAAGAUGCGGGUGGCUUUGCGCUUGCUACAUCUCUUGAUAAUGAGGAAUUUGGCGAGACAGCAGAUGAAGAAGUUGGUGAUAUUGAAAAUGGAAGCCAGAGUAAUCCUAAUGAUUUAACAAACACAAAUACAGGUGAGAUGGAGAUUGACCAGAUUAAGUCCCCAGAGAAGAGCAAGAAGAGCAAGGAGUCCAGGUCAAUGAAGCUUUUCAAGGCUUGCCUUGCAGAUUUUGUAAAGGAAGUUUUAAAGCCAUCAUGGAGACAGGGUAACAUGAGUAAAGAAACAUUCAAGACUGUCGUCAAGAAGACUGUUGAUAAGGUGUCAGGAGCAAUGAAGAGCCACCAGAUGCCCAAGUCUAAAGCAAAGAUAAACCAAUAUAUUGACUCUUCACAGAGGAAAUUAAUGAAACUUGUGAUGGGUUAUGUGGAUAAGUAUGCCAAAGGGUAGAAGUCAAUGUUUCCAAUGGUUUUAAUUGAUGAUUUUGACUUGGUUGAAUUUCCACUCUGGACUUCUCUGCCAUCGGAAUUUGGAGCCCUGGAACUUGGUCGAAGCUACGGAGCUGUGAGAAUAAAUUGAAAAUUUUGAGUUGCCAUUUAGUAGAUUGCUGGUAUUUGAUGAGGCUUGUCCCUGCUAUAGCACAGGAAUAUAUAGAGGUCCAUGACAAGAUGAAUUAAAUGAUGGAUCCUUUAUCGACCUCAGGAAAGUUCUGAGGGAGCUCCAAAAUGUGUAUGUAAUGUGCUUCCUUACAUAUAAUUGUUGUGCCUUCUAUUUUAUCUGUAGCAAUUCUGCUCUCUAGUGAUCUCUUUGUAUAUUGCCCGAUGUUUUAUGGUCACAAGUCAUGAUGGGGGAAUUGAUAUUUGAUUUUUAAUAGCCAAACACACAAAUUCGCCAUUGUACUUUACACGAGAAAAAUUGUGGCACUCCAAACUAUGCAAUGGACCUAUUAUGCUCCUAAAGUAAUAAAUUUUGGUAACAUUGCAC